AUGAAGCUUUUACAUUUGUUCCUUGUUGUGAUUAUUGCUGAAGAAGUUUUCUCGGGUGAUGGAAAUUCUUGCUCAAGUCCAUCCUUGUCGUUCAGCCCAAGUGACAUUGCAAAUAGAUUUGACGAUAUCAAAAGCUACAUCAAUGAUGUUGCAACGCAAGUUUUACCAUUUUUCCAAGGCGCUGAUAUCGCUGAUUUCGUUGGAACAAAUCAAGAAAAAUCGGAUAGUGUUGCUACCCUUUUAAAUGACAUUGAAGCUGUUCUUUCGAACAACGGAAUACCAUCUGAUCUAGGAAAAUUCUUGCCACAAAUUAAUGAUAUAAUUUUUAAUAUACAAUCAACUGGAGAUCAGAAGAAAAUUGAUGAAAUUAUAGCAUCAGUAAUUGUUGGAACCGAAAUUCUAGAAGAUAUUUUGCAAUCAAUUCUUGCUCAAAUAGUAAUUGAAACUAAUGCUUCAAUUGACUACUUGAUUCUCGUUAUAAUAGGACAGGUUGAUCCUGCCGAUUAUCCGAUUUCUUGUAUUGCUAAAGCAUUAAUUGAGCUGCUUCAAUUUUUUCGUUUCACAAAUGUAACGAUUGAAAACACUGCUAUUGAAACCAGAACAAGUAUUCAAGCAUCGCCAUAA